AAAUUUAAAAACACAAAAAUCUGAGACUGAUGAGAGAGAGAAAAUUGUAAUUACAAAACUCUCUCUCUCAUUCCGGGUCUAUUAUUAUCACUUUAAAGUUUCGCGGUUAUGCCCUCAAAUUCUCAUUCCCAUUUUUCUUCUUCAUCUUCUUCACUUGGUGCUGUGCUUCGCGUUCUCGAUCGGACGGUGGCUCUGUUCUCUUCUGUCGCUGUUUAAAGCUCGGUUUCGUAGCGGCACACGAUUUGAUCGACAACUGAGGAAGUUACUCAUGGCCCCAUCAAGAAAAUCGAGAAGUGUCAAUAAGCGGUUUUCUUAUAUUAAUGAGGUUGCAUCCAGUAAGGAUGGAGAAAAUGCUAACAAAGGUAGGCAGCGGGGCAGUCCUGGCUUUGUUCAGAAGAAGAGGAAGUUGUCUGAUAUGUUAGGAGCUCAAUGGAGCAAGGAAGAGCUUGAGCGCUUUUAUGCAGCAUAUCGUAAGUUUGGGAAAGAUUGGAAGAAGGUGGCUGCUGCAGUGCGCAACCGAUCUACAGAUAUGGUAGAGGCCCUUUACAGUAUGAAUAAGGCCUACUUAUCUCUGCCAGAGGGUACUGCUUCUGUGGUUGGACUAAUAGCUAUGAUGACUGAUCACUACUGUGUACUGGGAGGAAGUGAUAGUGAACAAGAAAGCAAUGAGGGUGCAGAAGCAUCUCGGAAGCCUCAAAAGCGUGCACGUGUUAAAACCCAGAAUAACACCUCCAAAGGAUUAGAUGGGAACUUUCCUGAUGUUUCGCGGUCCCAGUCAGUUGCAUCAAGUUAUGGCUGCCUUUCAUUAUUGAAGAAGAGGCGUUCUGGGAUUAAGCCCCAUGCUGUUGGAAAAAGGACACCUCGUGUCCCAGUUUCGUAUUACGAUAAAGAUAAUGCAGAGAAGUAUUUUUCACCAGCGAGGCAAGGUUCAAAACAAAAGGUGGAUUCCAAAGAUGAUGAUGUUGCUCAUGAGAUUGCAUUAGUGUUGACAGAGGCUUCACAAAGAGGUGGUUCUCCCCAACUCUCUCGAACACCAAACAGAAAAGCAAAGGGCGCCAGGCCAUCACCUGUUAAGAAUGGUGAAAGGAUGCAUGCUGAAUCAGAAACAACCUGUACCAAGCUUCGUGGUAGCCAGGUGGAUGAGGGUGGUUGCGAAUUAAGCUUAGGAAGCACUGAAGCUGAUAAUGGAGAUUAUGCUAGAGAUAAAGGGUUUUUAAGGGGUAGAGAACGUGCUGGUACUGUAGGUCAACAGAAGGUGAAGAGGUACCAUGUAAAGAAGCCAGAAGUUGAAGAAAGCAUAAACAAUGAUGUGGAUGACAUAAAAGAAGCAUGUAGUGGGACAGAGGAGGGACAAAAACCGGGUGCUGUCAAAGGAAAGCUUGAAAGUGAGGUUGUGAGGUCCCCUUUUAAGGGUCCGAGGAAGAGAAGUAAGAAAGUUCUGUUUGGAGGAGAUGAUGGCUCUGAAUUUGAUGCCCUGCAAACUUUGGCAAAUCUGUCUUUGAUGAUGCCAGAUACUGAGUCAUCUGCACAGGUCAAAGAAGAAAGUCUUGACAAGUCUAAAUUGAAAGGGAAUCAUUCUAUUCCAGAAGCCGAAGUCAGUGCUUUGAGGACAUCUAAAUUGAGCAAAGGAUUUACUCACAACAUUGGUGCUAUUCCUGAAACAAAGGAGGAAGCUCACCCGUCCAAUACCGGAAUACGGAAAAGGAAACAGAAAACCUCGCCAUUUAAAUUGCAGAUUUUUGAAAAGGAAGCUCAUACCAGUUCUCAUAGUGAACCUAAAAAGAUCGAGGCUACUGCUGAAGUGGUCUCGGUGAAUAAAGGUAGACGCUCUUCUCAUAAUUCCGCACAAGCAAAACAAGGAAGGGUGGUGAAACCUAAAGAACGUACACCUUUGAGUACUGAUCUCAGAGGGGAAGGAAAUGAUUCAGCUCUACCAACUGUACAAGUUACAUCAGCAGACCAGGUCAACCUACCAACUAAAGCUAGGAGUAGAAGGAAGGUGGAUCUACAGAAACCAGUAAUACAGAAUGAUUCAAAGUCUUCUGAAAGUAUUUUGAAUGACCAUCCCAGUAUACAGAUUCUUUCAUCCCACGACAGAGUACUCAGUCUUAAGGAAAAGCUUUCUAAUUGCCUAUCUUCGGAUCAAGCACGGAGAUGGUGCACUUUUGAGUGGUUCUACAGUGCAAUAGAUUACCCAUGGUUUGCUAAAAGGGAGUUCAUGGAGUACUUGGAUCACGUUGGAUUGGGUCUUGUUCCAAGAUUAACCCGUGUUGAAUGGGGUGUUAUAAGGAGCUCACUGGGCAGACCCCGGCGAUUUUCUCAGCAAUUUCUGAAGGAAGAGAGAGAGAAGCUAAAUCAGUACCGGGAAUCUGUUAGAGGACAUUAUGCUGAACUACGUGCCGGUACCAGGGAAGGACUUCCAACUGAUUUAACUCGUCCUUUAUCAGUUGGACAACGUGUUAUUGCUCUGCAUCCAAGGACAAGAGAAAUUCAUAAUGGAAGUGUAUUAACUGUUGACCAUUGUAGGUGUCGAAUUCAGUUUGACCAGCCUGAACUAGGGGUUGAAUUUGUCCUGGAUAUUGAUUGCAUGCCUUUCAAUCCGUUGGAAAAUAUGCCUGCAUCUCUAACUAGGCACAAUGCUUCUGUUAAUAAAUUAUUUGAGAACUUCAACGAGCUUAAAAUUAAAUUUGCCCCGAGUGAGAAUCUGGAGAGCACAGAUGGUCCUUAUAUUUCCCCGUCAUCUCAUCACAUCAGCAAUUUAUUAAAGCAGGGUGUUUCACCAAGUUCCAGCUUACAAGCAAAAGUAAGGCCUACUGAUAUUGCUAAUACCCAACAAGCAGCAAAUUCUCAGCCUUCACUUCUUGCUCAGAUCCAAGCAAAGGAAGCUGAUGUACAAGCUCUCUCUGAGUUGACCCUUACUCUUGACAAAAAGGAAGCUGUACUGGCUGAGCUGAGGUGCAUGAAUGAUGCUGUUUUUGAUAACCAAAAAGAUGGGGAUAACUCUCUCAAGGAGUCAGAAUCUUUUAAGAAGCAAUAUGCUGCAGUACUCUUACAGUUAAAUGAAGUCAAUGAGCAGGUUUCUUCUGCUUUGUUUUGCUUGAGGCAACGCAACACAUAUCAAGAGAGCUCCCCACAUUUGUUGUUGAAGUCCAUGGCUAAUUUAGGUGAACCUGGUGGCCAAUUGAGCUCUCUUGAUUGUUCUGCUGGUCAUGCCCAAGAAUCUGGAUCUCAUGUUUCUGAGAUUGUUGAAAGUUCAAGAAAAAGAGCAAAAACUAUGGUUGAUGUGGCUAUGCAGGCAGUUUCAUCUUUUAAAAAGGGGGGAGUUAACAUGGAAAGGAUUGAGGAGGCUAUGGAUUUUGUAAAUAAUCAGCUUUCAGUAGAUGAUUCUAGCAUGUUAGUCGGGAGGGCUUCUGCUCCUGCAGAUGCAAAUCAUGUUACUUUAGCAUCUCAGGAUCAGUCGACUGCCUGUUCAUCAGUUUCAUCUGCAACUAAUAAUGCACCUGAUCCUAAUUUAGACAGAUUGGCCAACCAAAAUGAAGUGAAAAUCCCUUCAGAACUUAUUGUUCAUUGUGUGGCUACUUUGCUCAUGAUUCAGAAGUGUACAGAACGACAGUUUCCACCAGCUGUUGUCGCCCAGGUACUUGAUUCUGCUGUUAAAAGUUUACAGCCCUGUUGUUCACAGAAUCUUCCAAUAUACGCAGAGAUACAGAAAUGCAUGGGAAUUAUUAGAAAUCAGAUAUUGGCACUAGUACCUACUACAUAGGUCUGCUGAGGGAGAGUGCCAUGAUAUUAGGCGGAGAGAAGGCUAUUAUUAUUAUAUAAUUCAAUCAGAUUGUUGAGGAUAAAUUGGGGUUUGUUUCUCACUAGUGUGUCCACUAGCUGCAUCACCUCAGGUCAAACAAUCAAUCACUUUCGGAAGAGACCAGGUAAAAUGCCAUGUGGUCCAAACCAAAAAUUCAUUGGAAUGUAAAUAAAAUUCAUGUGGAAGAGGUCGCUUCUCGGAAUUUCACCAAUCGCGAACUGUCACUUGUUUCAUAUGAGGCUCGCUCGAUACAUGUAGCAGAGUGAGAAACCUUUGGAUCCCACCCGUAAGGUAUGAGGACGAGAUUCCAACUGGUAGCACUUCCCUGAGUGGGGUUUUAUACUAAAAGCUACUGCAUGUUGGUUGUACAUUGCAAACUCUUCCAGACGUGAGAAGAUAUAUUUGGCACACUACAAAUAAUCUGCUAGUUAUGUACGCUUACAAGAUUCAGGCUUACUUAAAAGGCAAGGUAACAAGGGACUUGCUAUUAGUCCCAAAAUUGAUCUGUAAGUACUGUUGUAUUUGCCAUGCUGGCACCUUGUAACUCUUAAUUCACAGCACUUUACUCAAAAUUAAUAAAGGCAACUUUACUGUGGGUGAUUCUUUGGGGCAA